AUGGGUCAGAGAGAAGGAGCCUCGGCCGGUGGGGAGAGGAGCUACUCGGCGCCAGCGGGAGGGGACCGCGCCUGCCGCACCUGGGCUCACAAGCAAGGCCAGAUCCAGGGUCUGCACCCUCGAAUCAUCACAGAAGGAUUUGAAGCUGCCAAGACGAAGGCCCUCGAAGUCUUGGAUCAGAUAAAAAUAAGCAAGGAAAUAGAUUGAGAAAUCCUCAUUGAUGUGGCCCAGACAUCCCUGGGCACCAAAGUUAAUGCCGACCUGGCCGACAUGCUGACAGAGGCGGUGGUAGACUCAGUGCUGGCUAUCAGGAAGCCAGGUGAACCUGUCGAUCUUUUCAUGGUAGAGAUAAUGGAGAUGAAGCAUAAAUCGGAAACUGACACAACGUUGAUCAGAGGACUGGUCUUGGAUCAUGGUGUCCGACAUCCUGAUAUGAAGAAAAGAAUAGAAGAUGCUUACAUUCUUACAUGCAACGUGUCAUUAGAAUAUGAAAAAACAGAAGUGAAUUCUGGAUUUUUUUACAAAAGUGCAGAAGAGAGAGAGAAACUAGUAAAAGCCGAAAGGAAAUUCAUUGAAGAUAGAGUAAAGAAAAUAGUGGAACUGAAAAGAAAAGUGUGUGGUGAUUCAGACAAAGGAUUUGUUGUUAUUAAUCAAAAGGGAAUUGACCCGUUUUCUUUAGAUGCUCUUGCAAAAGAAGGCAUAGUAGCUCUCCGCAGAGCAAAAAGAAGAAAUAUGGAGAGGUUGACUCUUGCAUGUGGUGGGAUGGCCAUGAAUUCUCUAGAUGACCUAAGUGCUGAUUGUUUGGGACAUGCAGGACUUGUCUAUGAAUACACACUGGGAGAAGAGAAAUUCACCUUUAUUGAAAAAUGUGGCAAUCCUCGAUCUGUCACGCUGUUGAUCAAAGGACCAAAUAAGCACACAAUUACGCAGAUCAAGGAUGCAGUAAGAGACGGUCUGAGAGCUGUCAAGAACACCAUUGAAGAUGGCUGUGUGGUUCCUGGUGCUGGCACAGUGGAGGUAGCUAUAGCUGAAGCUCUUAUCCAACAUAAGCCCAAUGUCAAGGGAAGGGCCCGUCUUGGAGUGCAAGCUUUUGCUGAUGCAUUGCUCAUUAUUCCCAAGGUUCUUGCUCAGAACUCUGGCUUUGACCUUCAGGAGACACUAGUACAGGCCGAACAUUCGGAGUCAGGACAGCUUGUUGGUGUUGACCUAAAGACAGAUGAGCCAGUUAAUGCGGCUGAAGCUGGCAUCUGGGAUAACUAUUGUGUCAAGAAGCAGCUGCUUCACUCUUGCACUGUGAUUGCCACCAAUAUUCUCCUGGUUGAUGAGAUCAUGCGUGCUGGAAUGUCUUCUCUGAAAGGUUGAGUGGAAUCAGAGGUUUCCGUCUUAAUCAGCUGAAUCAUGAAGGCCCUACAGAAAGAACAACAAAAUGUGUGUUUGGCGGCAGAAUUUUUCUUGCCAGCCACCAAAGGAUUUUCCAAAGAAUAAUUGUUUUUCUUACUGUUGCAGUAAACCUUGUUUCUCAAACUGAAAUUAUUGGCCCGUAUUCAAAUGUAAGGUCCUAAAAUUGAUUACAGUAUUUAUUUUUUUUUUAAUUGCACUGAGGCCUACAAUUAAAGCUGCGGUCCUUUUUACCCAAUCGA